GGCACCCCGGAGGGAGCUGUCCGGUGCUGAAGUUGUAUUUCUCUCCUUCACUGCACGAGGACUAAAGCGGGGAGGCAGGAGGCAGGCAGACAGACUGAACCAAACAGAAAGAAAUAAGCCCCGGUUGAACGGACAGUCUUUUACCGGAUCAAUUCACAGCUCAAGCUUCUUCCAAAACCUGAAGACAAUCUUCCUCUGGUUCGCUUGUCUUGUUGGUGCGUAACAGGCGAAAUCUUCACGCUGGCCAGGCCGUGGGCGAUUGGCUGUGUUUGUGAGUGUGUGUCGUUGUGUUUGUGAGAGUGUGUGUCGGUGUCGCACCACCAUGCCAAGGUCUUUCCUGGUGAAAAAGGUGAAACUGGAUGAUUUCUCCACCGCGGCGGAUCUGGAGAACGCCUACCGCCACAGGACAGACCUCAGCCUGCGGCUCCAUGACAAAGCUGGUUACAUCAGUGACUACAUCAGCCCUGUUGUGUACGAUGGUGAGAGUGACAGUGGGAUCAAGGUGCCCUCCCCUGACCCCCUCUACGAUGGCAUUCACAGUGACUACGGGGCCCCUGACUCUGAGUCUCCCGACAGCCCCAGCUCAGAAAUCACUGAUGGCUACAUCAACGGAGAUGCUGCAGUGAGUGAGGGCUACACAGUUGAUGCCUUCUUCAUCACUGAUGGCCGCUCAAGGAGGAAAGCUCUUGGCAGUCCCAGGAGCAUCCAAAGGCACACGUGCAACGAGUGCGGCAAAACCUAUGCCACGUCUUCCAACCUGAGCCGGCACAAACAGACACACCGCUCGCUGGACAGCAAGCUGGCAAAGAAAUGUCCGACCUGCGGGAAGGUGUACGUGUCCAUGCCCGCCAUGGCCAUGCAUCUGCUCACUCACGACCUCAAGCACAAGUGUGAUGUGUGCGGGAAAGCGUUCAGUCGACCUUGGCUUUUACAGGGGCACAUGCGCUCUCACACGGGUGAGAAGCCAUUCGGGUGUGCCCACUGCGGAAAGGCCUUUGCAGAUCGCUCGAACCUGCGCGCUCACAUGCAGACCCACUCGGCCUUCAAGCACUUCAAGUGUAAACGCUGCAACAAGACCUUUGCGCUCAAGAGUUACCUGAACAAGCACUACGAGUCUGCCUGCUUCAAAGGCCCCUUCUCUCCUCUUGGCCCCCUAGACGCAUGACACCCUGCAUAGAUAAAACAGGCAAAACUGCAGACAUAAUUUACCAUUAUCCUUACAGGCCAAACUGCAAACACAAACAAUCUACUUUGGUCGGAAUAUGACCUCGCUUUCUCUCCUCCCUCUCUCUCACUUACCCCCACCUUUCACUUGGAACUUAUCCAUGAUGAUGAAGAUAGCACAAUUCUUCUCCUUGAGAUUUUCCCACUUAAGGAUAUAACUGAUCGACGCAUGCACUUCCUCAAAAAUGCUUCACCUCCUCUUCCUCUGUCUGUUCUGGAUAGAGACAAUAGUACUAACUCGACUUCCUUCUGGCAUCUAAAUACAGUAAGACACCAUAUAUUUUGGGACAUUGAUGAUGAUGAUGACAAAGACAAGAGUAAGCCUAUAGCUACUGAAAAGCAGUAAAAGAUUUUUCCUUUUGAUAUUGCUUUUUUGGGGAAUAAUAGUAAUAAUAGUAGUAAUAAUAAUAAUGAUAAAAAUGUUCUGCUGCACCAAGUGACCAUAUUCUCACCACUACUGAGGUAUUUUAUUUACAGUACUUAUUUAAACAUUUUUCUUUUUUAUUUAUUGUUAAGUUUAUACUUGAUUUAGUAACAAUGAAGUGAUGACAUUAUUUAUUUGUUGCACUUUAAUUUUUGUACAUGUAGAAUAUUUGCCAACCUUUUUUAUUCACACAGGCCAAAGCAUAUGUCACUUUGAGUACUCAUUUUAAUUCUGUUGUUUACCUUUUUCUUAUUAACAUUGUUGCAUGCAAAAAACAAACAAAAAAACAAAAACAAAAAACAUAAUAAUAAUAAUAAUGCGAAUCUAUGCCAACAUCAUAAAAAGCUUAUGAUUUUUUGCCAAAAUCCUAUAGAUAGAACCUGAGGGCAAUAUUUUUCUCUUGAAGCCUCCGUAGGACUCUUUUAAAGCAAUAAUCACCUAAUGCAUGGUAUUUUAUGAUGAAGUUAUGAAGUAUUACCUACUACUGUAUAGCAGUUUAAAAUCAGGUAUGUUUCACUUCACCUAUAGUCAUAAACAGAAAAAAUACUAAUAUUACAGACAUCAGGGAACAUGCCAGUGUAGUAUUAGAGUAACAAAAAAAAGUCCUGUCUUUCCUCGCGUGUUAUGCACUGCCUGCCUCUUAGUGAGUAGAACUAAUGUAGGAUGUAGGUUAGAGAGGCUGGGAUCAGCUGCCUGCUGGGAAUGAGGCCUAUUGUAGGAUGACUAUAACCCUGACAGACCUGCACAAGGCUAACUCAAGCAUGACGUAAGCCUACUGACAAUAACCAGGAGAGGCCUAAUCUUGGACAGACUUCUUUUUAAAAAUCUUCUUUCUUGUGUCAUGCAGCCAAAUAAUGUAACAAUGGGUCUUUAUCAACCUUUUAGUAACACCAAGAGACAUAUCUUUCUUUUGGUAUAUAAAUGGAAUGAAAUAAAAUAAAACGAGGUUUAUACAACAACCAGAUUGGAGAAUUGUACAUUGAGAUGUGCACUAUCCCAAAGGCACAGACAGCCCACAUGGUGUUCUCUUGCUAAAUACCAUAUAAUUUCCAUAGAAACCCAAGUCAAAGUUUGGUUCACUGUUGGACUGAGGUCAACUUUAAAUGCAAUGCAUUAUUCAGCUCCCCUUCCAGUGCACUUCCAAACCAUAGUGUGCAUUCUUAAACCACAGAAAAAGCAUGCACUUCAAACUUUGUUAGCUGGUCUGAUUCCAGGUUAACUGUUAGAGUCCCACACUGUACAUACAAAGGUCUGUGUCCUAAUUAUUCUGCAGUAGGCCCCAUUCAUCCCUACUGGUCCAACAACGGGCUAAGUUUGUGAGUGCCAGACCUACAGACAGGCUAACUCUAAUCAACCCUGACCCCACAGAUAGCUUAACCUUUGCUCUAAGGUGGCCAACACCAGUGUUGCUGAACCCAGUUCUGUGAAGCUCAGAGACCUUUUCUACAGAUUUGUGAAGCUUCCCUGGUGACAGGUUGAGGAUACACAGAGCCACACAGUUAAAUGAAAUGUUUAUGUACAUAUGCCAUACUGUAUGUCCACAACAGACACAUUUGUUUAUGCGCACAGCGCGAUGGGUGCAUUCUUGCACAUGUGAGAACACACAGCUUGCUGAUAAGCUUUUGUGGGCUACAAAAUCUGUCUAUAGUCCAGCUGUCAACAUCUGAAAGGAAAUGGUUUAAUAUUCAAGUAUCUGACAUACAAGCUUUUAUAAUAGUAGCGAUUGCUCAGGCAUGAGAUUACUCAGUUACAGAUGCGGUUGACUGAUAUCCAAUGCCAUUUAAGGUUAGAGGAACAAAAGGACAGUCUGCUAUGUCACACUGACCCAUUACCUAAUGUAAUUUACAUCCCACAAAAACUUAUAAGACCUGUACACAACAUCAAACGCAAUCAGAUUUGGCAGUUUUCUGAAAUCAGUUUUCAAAAGUCAACAUUUGUGAUGUGUUUUUUACACAGUAGGCUGAUACAAGAGAAGCUUUUAUGAAAAACGUAGCUCACGGGUCAAUACCAAGGAGACAGUUUAUGUGGUGACUGGAGCAGUCGGUACUGAGUCAGCAAAUUUUAGGUCUUAUCUCUCCCCCUGAUGUGUGAACUAGAUUUGAGCUGCAGUUACUUGAAUGAUAUCAGACAAUUAGACAUAGAGCUCCAGCCUAUUAGGGCUUGUUAGGGCUCACAGUUCUGUUGUUUUAUUGUUCAGAUUUGAGCACAACAACUAUACAUACAAAGUAGGCAAAGCAUUCAAUUUAGGUGCUUAAGCACAAUUACUACUCAAAUCUAAAUGAAUAUUAAAAGCACAACAGUGUAUAUGCAAACAAACAAACAACAAUAGUAUUGCCUUCAUAUUUCUUGAUACAUCUGAAACAUCAAUCUCUGGUAGAUAUAAAUAACAAUAUGCUAUUAUUGUAACCACCAACUCUCUAAAUUCCUACAGUAUCUUUCACUGCUGUCUGAAAGAGAAAGAGAACAGUAAAAAUGCUGAGCUACAGCUACUGAAAUUGUUACCAAACCUCUGAGCCGCAGUGGCUCCGGCUGUUGAGUUACAAAGUGUGUCAUUGUGCAUUAAAGCUCUUGGCAACUUUGCACUGCAGUUGAAACAUCUUAAGGGUAUUUGGCUAAAACUGUUGUUGUGUGGCAGAAAAGGUGAGUUUGUCUCUGUGUGUGUCUAUCUCUGGGUGAGCUCCAGCUGGUCUGUUCUCUCUAAGCACUUCCAUUCUAGUCAUCUCCACCUUAAU